AUGGACAUACUGUUGGUGAACCUUGUAGGGGACAUACCAGUGGUCACAAAAACAUGGGUGGGAGGCGUUCUCGCAAUGUCGGUGCUUUCAAGCACAACCAUCAUAGAUCCCACUAAAUUCAUCUACAACUACGACCUGGUAUUUAAAAAGGGACAAUUCACGCGAGUGCUGUACUCAUUGUUCGACUACGGGGAAUUCAGUCUCAUCUACUUUGUUCAAUUGAUGUUUCUGACGCAGGAGCUGGCCGCGCUGGAGAAAUCGAUUCCACAGCGAAGCCAGUUCCUGUGGAUGAUAUUCGUGAUGGGCGUGCUCACCAUCAUAUUUAGCAAAUGGAUUCAACCGUUUGAGCCGUUGGCCAGCGUCCUGCAUAAAAACUUGACAUACUAUAAACUGCGGAAAGAUGUGCAGCUCCAACAGGGGCCGCAGAGGGGGCUUGCGGCUUCGCCGCUAAUGGUGCGGGUCUGCUUUGACAUUGUACUGGUAUGCCACUUUGGCCACACAAUACGCGGGAUACUUCUCAGGUACCUCGCGGGCCACUUGUACUACUUCUUGGAGCAGAUUGCCAGCAAAGUGUACGGUAUCAAUCUGUGUAAGCCUCCCCACAAAUGGUUUGCCGCGCGCGAGCGAGGAAACGAAGAGGAAGCCGAGCAGUUACAGGAGUAA